AUGCCAAAGUUGUUCAGCGCUCUCGACGACCUGACCAAAGGCGCGCGCGUCGCCGCCGACACCACGGUGUGGCUGGGCCGCUACGCAAAGCGGCAGUACAACUCCGGCAAGAACGGCGUUUGCCUACUCUGCAACAACCUGCAGCCGGAGGGCCACGAGAACACCCUCGUCUGGACGCCUUCGGGGGCCAAGACGAACAAUAACUUUAGCCUGGUCGGCAAGGGAUCCGCCGCCGACGGCGGCGUCCCUGCCCUGGCCUUGGAGGAGCUCUCGACGAAGGAGCUGCUGAAGAGCCGGGAGAUCGACAAGAACACUGGCGCACCCGUGAGGGAUUGCAAGUAUUGCCGGCUUCUGUGCGAGAUCUUCGAUGCCUUCUUCAUCGACGAGUGGAUGAGCUGGGUCACGGAGACCGUAAAUGCGAUGCCUGUCAGCUUCGGCUUGAUGAUCAGACGGGGGGCGCCUCUCGUCGUGACCACGACUGGAUUCGUGCAUGAUAAAUACUGGAAGGAAGCUCGUGCCGACGUGGAGGUCUAUCUCGACCCGGCCGUAUUGUCAAACCACGUGCCGGGCUUGCCGGCUUUGGGUCCUGCAGUGGUUCGGCAAACAGAUACUCGUUCUGAGGCUUGUAUGAAUUUCGUCAAGGAGAGCGUAUGGCAGUGCUGUCAUGAGCACCCUGGUUGUCGGACUUCGGCUCAGGGGUUCAAGCCCACGCGGCUUCUGUAUGUCGGCGGAGGAGAUGCUGGACUCCGACUCUGCGAAACCACUACCUGGCCGGAAGCUGUCCCUUACGUUGCGCUCAGCCACUGCUGGGGUGGCAGCAAGCCACUGUCGCUGAAAACGUCUCAACUGGAAGACUUCAAGAAGCAUAUUGAUGUAUCCGAACUGCCGAAUACUUUCAAGGAUGCAAUCAUGGUGGCAAGAGAGUUGCAGUUACCAUACCUCUGGAUCGACUCAUUGUGUAUCGUCCAAGACGACAAGACUGACUGGGAGAAGGAGGCCGCCCUGAUGGCAGACGUCUACAGCCAAGCCUUUGUCGUCGUCACGACUGCUUCAUCGCCGAACCCGGAGACGCCCAUCCUGGGGCCAAGAGAGGACGAAUGGCUCUCCAAAACCUUCAAUUUCCCCGCCUCGCCGGGCGUCACAGUACCCGUCAUCGCGCGCAAGCGGCACGUUCUGGCGGCGUCCCUGGAGCAAGGACUGCUUGAGCCGCCCUUCACGACCUCGUGGGCCUGGCUCAAACGCGUCGGCCCUCUGUACAACCGCGGCUGGUGUUUCCAGGAGGCGUACCUGGCCACGCGCAACCUCCAGUUCACGCCGGGCGCGAUCGUCUUCGAGUGCAAGACGCACCGCCGGAGCGAGGACCAGCUGCCGCCGUAUCCGUCCACGGUGCCGGGCACGAUCAGCCGCAUAGAUCCUGCGGACCAGUGGCGCAUGAUUGUGCGGUCGUUCACCUCUCGCCAGUUGACAUUUGGCAGCGACAAGAUGCCCGCCAUUGGCGGAGCGGCGAGGACGAUGCCCCAGGCGCGAACGAGCCGAUACCUUGCUGGCUUGUGGUCGGAAACGUUGCUGCUUGAUCUCAUGUGGCAGGUCAUGCCCUGGCUUGUCUUAGCUGUACAGGAUAGUGAGUCGCUUGCGUACGAUGACCAGGAAGGAGGCCCUCCAACAUGGUCGUGGGCUUCGAUGAACUGGGGUGUUCUAUGGUCACCACUGAAAUCACCACAGCCAGUGGCUUCCGUAUUGGAUGUACAGACGACGGUGGAUGGUCUUGAUCCGUAUGGCAGAGUGUCGGGCGGUGCGAUCAAACUGCAGGGCCGGCUCAAACGUUGUCAGUUGAAAUCAAAUAGCCGGUUGGACCAUGAUGCCUUCUACACGCAGCUCGACGGCACAAAGUGUAAGCCUCAGCAUUACCGCACUGAUGGACCGCUAUCCUAUGAGACAACUCCCGGCCCUUAUGGGGUUCUGGUACGAAGAGGGCGUCAAGGGCCCUACACAAAUGAGUUGGAGACGACGGGAGCGGUUUUCAUAAUAUCAUGUAGCCCAUUCAUAGGAAGUAUCGGACGAGAAUACGUAGGGCUGGUGCUGGGCACUUCUACUCGUUACCCUGGUUGUAUGGAACGUGUGGGGGCAAUAUUCGCAUUGCCCAAACAUUGGUACGACAGCGCCGAGGAGGCAGUCGUCACUAUAGUGUGA